GAAACGUGUGAGGCUUGCAGCCGUCGGACUUUAUCGUUGUGGCCCAAGCUUCUCUUCCUCUGCGGCUUUCCGAUCAACCUCAACCGCAUUCCCGACUUCCAUCCAUCCCCCCAAGCCAUGGACGAGUUGUCGCACGCUCUUCGUCCUGAAGACGACGCGCCGGACUCUCCGAAGCGCAAGAAAAAGCGGACCAAGUAUACCUCAAAAGCUUGCGUGACUUGCCGGCGCUCAAAACUCAAGUGCUCUGGCGAGAGUCCGUGCCAGCGCUGCCUCGAUAACGGUCGAACAUGUCACUACGAUGAACAGCCUAUAGCUUCCAACGGCACCGGCGUGAUGCGAAGCAUACCACGACAGGAUGUAGUGGAAAGGGAAAGACGUGGGAGCGAUUCCAGCGUCUUGGGGAUUGCUGAGGUGCUGCAGAACCUCAGUCGGCCAACACUUGCACAGCCAUUAAAUACAGCCAACAGCCCUGCGCUUUCACGAAGAAAUCUGGUACCACAUAACGAAGGAAGCGCUAUAGAGCGAAGAGCUAGCGAUGCGAGUUUACUUGGGCUAUCUAUGGAAGCGCGCAUGGCUAGAAUUGAAGGCAUGAUGGAAGCUUUGAUCCAAGAUCGAAGUGUGAUGUUGUCCCCUCGAGGAAGCAUGGAGCGAGAAGAUACUGCUAGUGAUAGUCUACGGGGUGAUGCUACAUUCGAUAUACGUAUGGAGACAUUCGGGGCGAUUUCCAACACAGCUAGACAAAAACUGAAAUUGUCGAACGACUCGCCCGAACUUCAAGUACGCCAACCUGUACCUGCAACAAGCCCACCUCAGCAGGAAGGUCGAUCUACCAUCCGGACUGGAACGAAGGACCGGACGUUUCCAACCCUCACCGACUACCAACGCUAUAUUGAUUUUUUCUUUUCCAGCGUUAACCCAUAUCUUCCCUGCAUCAAUGAGGCCGAGUUCCGUGCGCAUAGCGAGCAAAUGCUAUCCUCGGUGGACAUCCCGGAAAGGAGCAUGUGUCUUUUGGCCCUCAACUAUGUCAUCUUUGCUUGCGUAGAUAUCCUGCUUCAAAUGCUGGAUACUGGUAGCAAUGUUCCAGGUGGAGACAGCAAUACUGCCGGUUGGCAUUGGUUUCAGAUUGCUGAAGAAGUCCUGGGAAACCGCCCGAAGACAGGACGGGGGAGAAUGGUUUUAGUACAGGUCCUCACUUGGGAGGCAUUCUAUCUCAUGCAUAACGAUAUGCCGAAUGCUGCUUACAAUGUCGUAGGGCUGGCGUGUAGGCUUUGCUAUCAGUACGACCUACACCAACAACCAUUCUGGAGCGGAUACACGCCAUUCGAGAUUCACAUGUGUCAACGUAUUUUCUGGUGUCUGUAUUUUAGCGACCGCCGAAUUGCAUUAAGCUGUGGGCAGCCGUACUGCUUACGCGACUCUGAUAUUGAGGUUGACCAACCGCCAUAUAUUGCUGAUAGAGACCUCUUCCCUGAUCGACCUUUACCAAACAUAGACCCAUCGCGAUCGGCCAAUAUGUAUCUGAGAUUGAUGAUCGCCUGGGGUAGAUUCGCAGGCGAAGUGUACGACCUGGCUUUUGUUGCAGUAGCCGCCAAACACGGGCUUGAUGGGGAGAAGGCCGCUCAACUUGAAAGCCGUAUAACCGAUUUCACAAGAUAUACCUUGGCAGCAAUGCCCCUGAUACCACCCAAUCAGGCUCCCGAACCUAGACAUUUACGACAGCACAUCCUAUCUCACACACGCUUCAACAACCUCCGACUGUUUCUCAGGCGGACAACCAUGCUCUCUCUUAACUACGACGGGAAAACUGGUGUCACGUACGGCGAUAUCGCUUUAGACACCAUUCAGCGGUUUAAACCCCAUGCCCGCGAAGCAAAAAUACCCAGUCCACUCCGUUUCCACAUGGCCACCACACUCUCACAUUCCCUUCUCAUCCUUGCGAGUUUAAUUCUUCGCGAUCUUUCUUCCAUAGGCAUACAGGAUCGCAAGGACUUGUACACGGUGGGUUACCUGGACGCCAAAAACAUCCUGCAGGAGAUCGCUGCCCACAACCAAGUUGCCCGCCGUAUCGUAGACGACUUCCGAAGCCUGUUUCGUAGCGUGUCAACGGCUUUAAACAACAGGGAAAUUGGUACCCCCAAUUGGGCUAAUGAUCACUUCAACCCAAGUGACUUUCCCGUGCGGUCAAGACUGGGCCAUCUGCGCGAGAAGUCUCUACCAUCCGAUUCGUGGGAUGCCGAAUUUCAGCAGUCUCCUGAAGCUGCUUCUGGCAUCAUCUGGACUUGAGGGUGCAAAAUUUCUGCUUUCUAUCUUCACGGAUUUGUUUCCCCGUGGAUCUGUAUAUAUUUCGCACUUUGGUGCUGUAUUACGUUUACGUGUAUUUUCAAGUUGUCAUCAUGAUACCAUACCAUCUAGU